AUGAAUUUAAUUCGAUUUAUUUUUGCAACUGCAUUCUGUUCAUCGGUGUUAUCAUUCGAGCUCAACUGUCUCUUUCGUAGAUCAUUUCACUUUCUGGUUUGGAGGGAAAUUUACGGGUGUGAUUGCUGGGUCGUACAUACAACUGGAAAUACCAUCGCGCUUGAAGAUUUGUCUCGAAAUUUGCAACAAUUUCCUUCAAACUUUGAUCAUUUUUUCCCAAACUUAUUUGACAUUUUUCUUGCCCCUUCUGGAUUGACUACGAUAACAGCUGAGGAUCUCAAACCUUUUCCAGCUUUAAUUCGCUUAGAAAUUCCUGAUAACAGGAUUCAACAUGUAGAAGGAAAUUUGUUUCAGCAUACGCCCAACAUGAGAGCAGUUGGUUUUUCGUUUAAUAGCAUUGAGACAGUAGGACUUGGGUUGUUUGAAGGUUUGAGAGGUUUUACAGCACCUGGAAGUUUGGUAUCAUUUUUAGGAAACACAUGCAUAAGUGAAUCUGCUAAUGGUCCGGAACAAAUCGCAAUUCUCAUUCAAAAUUUAGAAAGAGAUUGUCUUCCACCCAUCACUACAACAACAACAACUGAGGCAGCAGUUGAUGAAUGUCCAUCGAGUUGUCGCACAUUAAUUGAUUCAUUUGCAUCAAGAAUUGAACAGUUGGAAAUGCAAAUGAAGGAAAUUCUUGGAAAGCUUCAAGUGUAG